AUGUUGAAAAGUGGAUGGCAGAGAAUGACAUCUCAUAUGGCCCAGUUGCGAAUCAAUCACGUAAGACAACUGAGUCACCAAGUUAAUAACAGCAUUAAACUUAAUCGAUUUCCAUUAAUAAAUGGUAAUAUAGUUACGGGUGGAUCGAGUAUGAAUAAUUUCCAAAAUUUGAAUAAAAUAAAGAAUUGUGUUCCAGAGAUCCAAUUUGUUAAUGAAAAGGAUUUAAUACGUUCGAUUACACAAAUUGGAGAUAUUUUACCAACUGUGGAAGAUAAUGGUAUGUUAUUAGACUCUGUGCUUAGAAAGAGAAGGAAGAAGAUGAAGAAGCAUAAAUUAAGAAAGAGAAGAAGAAAGGAAAGAGCUGAAAAGAGAAAAUUAUCUCAAGGUAGAUAA